CAUUUCUAUGCCCAUUAAACAACAUCUGCCCGGCACGGCCGCGUCCCGCCGGUGCCCGGGCAGCGGCCGCGCCCCGGAACCGGCUGUGAGGGCCGGGUUGUCACCGGCAAUAGCGUCCCCCGUGCCGAGCCGAGCCGAGCCGUGCCGUGCCGAGCCGUGCCGAGCCGGAGCCCCGCGGGGCCGAUGCGGGAGGAGAUGCGGGAGGCGGGCGGUGGAUGCGGGGAGAUGGCGGAGCGGGAGCGGCAGGAGCGGCUGAGGGAGGCGGCGGCGCUCGGUGAUGCGGAGGAGGUGCGGCGGCUGGUGGAGCUGGGGGUCGGCCUCAACUCGCAGAACGAAGUGAACGGAUGGACCUGUUUGCACUGGGCCUGCAAGCGGAACCACGCGGCGGUCGUGGCUUACCUGCUGCAUGCUGGGGCUGACAAGGACAUCCUGACCAAGAAAGGGGAGAGGCCAGCCCAGUUAACCUCCAAGAGAGAGAUCAGGAAGAUGCUGGGAGUGGAAGAUGAUGAGCUCCCGGACUCAAAGCAAGAUUCAGAUCUGCCCAUCAUCCCCAACUACCUGGCUAACCCACCUUUCCCAUAUGUUUACAACACCUCGAGUGGCAGUAUCCCAGAUCCCACCCCGAAUGGGAAUCUCUGUCACUUGGAGCCACAGGACACCAACUCUCCACCUGUACCUGACUCAGACACCUACAGACAGGCACCGUUACAGCCCGGGAACGCUGCUCCCGAGGCAGCUCCCAACRGGGACAUCCCAGCCCUGCUCCGAGGCUCUGCUGGGCCACCACACCCAAAUCCUCUCCUCCAGAGAGCUCCUGUUUACCAGGGAGCAGUGUCUUGGGGCAGAAGCCCCUCUUUGUCAGCAGGAUCCAACCAGUCCCUCCCCCAGCAAGGGAAUGGUUCCUCCAUGGGGCCUGUGCCAGCCUUUCAGCCCGUUUUCUUCACUGGAGCUUUUCCACUCAACAUGCAAGAACUGGUGCUUAAAGUGAGAAUACAAAACCCUAAUCUUAGAGAAAAUGACUUCAUUGAAAUUGAACUGGACAGACAAGAAUUGACCUACAAGGAGCUGCUCCGAGUGAGUUGCAAUGAGCUGGGUGUGAACCCCGAGCAUGUCCAGAAGAUAAGAAAAUUACCCAAUACAAUGUUAAGAAAGGACAAGGAUGUUGCAAGGCUACAGGAUUUCCAAGAACUGGAGCUUGUUCUAACAGUAAGCGACAAAAACUUGCUUUUCAGAGUCCCAACACUUUCUGAACAAAGUGGAUAUAACAAGAAGGCAUCAGAACUUACAUACUAAUUAGGGAAUAAAACAAAGGAUUUGUAGCUCUGGUUAUACAAUUACAUUGGAAAAAUAGUAUCUAUAAGGGCUAAUGAUGUGAAAAAAAUCUAUUUUAUUAACCUUGAAAUAAACUAAAGUGGUUAUGCACAGUUACAGCUUCUAGUUAAUCUAAGAAUAGUGAGACUGGUAUGAAAGUAGCUCAGUGCACAGAAAGUACUGGUAGAACUAUCUGUUAAUGCAACACUUCCUUACAAAAAGAUAAUCUUGAAAUACUGCAGAGUUAGCAGCUCUCAGGGAAAGGCUUACCUUAAGCUGUUCUAAUAAUUUGUUUGCUAUAAAACAGCAGAGGUAUCCAAGCUAAAGAACCUGCCAUGAAGCCCAUUUAAUAUUUGUACUGAAUCCAUUACCAUUGAUGUUCUCUUUUUAGAUCAUGUUUAUUAAGUCCUAUCUUACUUAGUAGUUAAAAAACCAGAAGGGUUUAAAUCUGUGGAAGCACAAAACUAUGUCAAGUUUAAAUCCUAUCAAGUGACUUAUUACCUGUGAUUUCUUGAUCCCUGUUUACACUUUUCCCUAUUUCUCAGGUUAAAAAAAAUAAUAGUAAUUACCCAAAUAAUAAAUAUGCUCUCAACCAAAAUCCCUUUUAUUGUUGUCUGUCAAUAUAUACAURUGCAAUUGACAUGUAUUGACAUGUGCAAUUUAAAAUCCUGUGUUUGUUACUGUAUUGACAUUUCUUCAAUGCUGCUUUAAUUUCCCCUUUUAAAAGCACAAAAAGUGUAAUUUUGUUUUCCUUUGACCUCUCCAUUCCUGAGAAAAAUUGCAUCUUGAACCCAUAAAGUUGCCURUGUAAAAAGAAACUAGUGAAUUGCCCAGGGUUUUCUGGGCUGAUAUCAAAUCUUGAUGCUCCUAUGCAAUGUAUUUUCUCUUUUUCCCUGUGACUUGUGUUUACCCAAGUUGUUUACUGAAAAAAAAAAAAAUCACAGUUACUUAAAAUUCAGAAUUUGACUACUUUGUUGUGAAAUUCUGGAAUAAAGAAAUUGAAAAGUAUUUCAGAGCUGGAUUUUAUCUGAUUUUUUAAGGAUUUUAGUAUUCAGUCACUUGUGUUUGAGGAAGAAUUCUAUGCUGGUAGCCUGAAUGAAAAGUGAGUGCUGUGGCUUAGAUGAACUGAGGUAUAAGAUGUAUAGCUGAAUUUUCCUAUUUCAUCUCCUGUCCUUCUUUGGAAAAUGCAGCUGCCAAGGAAUUUGUCCUGUGUGAGAGUUCAGAGCCUGAGCAGGGUGUGCAGUGUCCRUGGGGCAGUCCUGGGCUGAGCUCCUGUGCCUGGAGCUGGGGACCAAGCACAGUCCCCUCCUGUCCUGGGGGCUGCAGAGGUGAGGGACCGCAGCCACCUGUGUCACUGCCUGUGUCACUGCCUUUGUCACUGCCAAUCCAGUGUCCCCGAAGAGCCCGGAUCGCUGGAAGUGCUCYGAGCACAGGGGCUGAGCACACCAGAGGGAGCUCCCAUCCCGCUGUCAGCCGCCAGCACAGAUCCUGCAAACACCCGAAAUUCUCUGAGCAGUCACCACACUGAGCCUCAGCCUCCCCAGCUGAAUACAGAAGGUUUUGUCACACCAAAAGAGCCCCUUUUGCACAGUGCCAGAGGUCAAACAGCCCCAWUUUUUAUUGCCAAUAUCUCCUUUUAUAGCAGAUUGCUGGCGGAAUAUUAAGUUCUGUGUAAUGGAAUAAUAAAAUCGUGGUUCCUCACAUCACCGUGGCUGCUGCCUUCUCCCCAGCAGGCAGCACAGGAUGGUUCAGGCAUUGGCUAAAUGCAGGAGGAUUCAGGAUUAACCUGUCAGAUCCCCUAGAGAAAAGCUCAGCUGUUGGGCAGCAGCCUUGCACGGAUGCUGAUCCCUAUCUGUGCAUUCCCAGGAAUAUUUUUAUACCUUGUGCAGUUUAUACCAGGAAGAUACUAUUAACACUCCCCAAUUCCAUCAGUGUAACCACUGCAUUCUGUGUGUGAUAAAUAAUUCAUUACUUUGUGCCCUGCCACAUGAAAUGUUAAUGCCUAAUAAAUGCUUGGCUGCAGAUUUGUGUUUCUAUUUCAGAAGUAUAAUUUGUAAGAAUUAAUAAAUGAUUAUUUUUGUCUUCUCUAA